ACUUGCGGGACUGACUUUCAUCUCACUCCCAAAAGCACGAUCGCCACCAUGAUGACAACGUCUUGGCAGAACGGCAACGCUUUUGUCUUGUUGUUGUUCUUGCUUCGUGUGAUAGAUAGCUACAUGUACAUGUAGUAGUAGUAGCGUUCUGUUCCUCGCCAAUGCUGGCGUCUCCCCAAUGUCUCUCCAAAAUGGUCUAAGCGCUGAAUACUGGGGCAUCAGUUUGGCGCAAUUGUGGGAACUGCGAAAUGAGUUGAGCGACUUUUAUAAACAAAUUCUUCAAAGGGACCCCGAGAAGCAAACCAUGAGACAAGUGGUACGGGAUUUCAUUCAACCCAAGACCUUGCCGUAUGGCGUAGGCUAUGCGUUAUGGAGGAACCAAGACGCUCCCAUCCUGGCAACCAUCAUGGUUUCUCAUAGCUGGGAAGAGUACUUUGGCGAAUUUGUGGACGCUUUGACUGCCGUGUCGAGCAAGAUUGCAGAUCAAGGACUCUGGAUCUGCUCCUUGGCCAUGCUCCAAAAGACAGAAGCGGGGAUUGGUCCAGGACCUACCAUUGAAGAACAACUGGGUGAAAACGUGCUAAAUGGACCAUUUGCCCAAGUGGUAAGGCGGGCCAACCUCAUGUUGGUAGUUCAGACCCCUAGAGCACUUGUGUACGAACGGCUCUGGUGUGUGUUGGAGCUCUAUCAAGCCAUUCAAUGCAACGUUGAAGUCCGAUUGUUAGGUUUUUGGACGUAUAAAGCCAGUCGCACUCUGGACCCUCGCAAAGCGGUUUGCCACGAUCCUCGGGACAUGGCCAGGAUCUCGAUGAUUAUUGAACAAACAUGUGGAUGGGAUAUGAUUGCACGUGUCAUUUUGCAGUAUAUCCAAGGCAUCCUGGCUACGCGCGAAGAAUGGCCGCUGAUUCGACCCUGGGAAUGGCAAAUAUUGGAAGCCAUUCGAUUGGAUGAUCCCGAUAUGAUCCAUCAGGCCGCUCAACAUGAGUUGGUUGAAUGGGAUGUCCGAGUGGGAGAGACCUACGGCGACCCCCGUGAUCAGAGGCAUCUUUACUAUUUGGUCAUGUCGUUUGAUCGAUUGCAGUGGCGUGUGGGUGAUACCUUACUGCAGACUGCAAUGCUCAAUGGCAAGAAGCAAGCAGCGUCAGCUAUUGCCUGCUAUGUGUGGUUCUCGGGAAGCAAAAUGAACAAAAACAAGACUCGUUUGAAGGUGGUGCAGGGGGCAGGGUCUGCCACUCGAUCGAGUGGGCCUAGAAUACGGAAAUGGGAGUGGGACAUACUGGAGUCCAUUCGAACGGGGAACAUGGCGCUACUGGAGGAAGCAGUAGUGGACCCUAGGGUCAAUUGGGAUGUUCGAAUUGCUGACACUUAUGGGGAUUCUUCAGAUGAUGUGCACGUGUACUACUUGGUGCUAUCGUUUGGAUUACGGUGGCAGGUGGGGCACACACUAAUAGAUACAGCACUAUUGAAUGGCCGUCAUGCCCUUGCUGAUAUCAUGAACAAGCAUGCACGUGCAGCCAAGAGCCGAGGUGCUGCUUCUUGACAGUGUGUUCAGCCCCUCCCGGGAACUGCUCUCGCGUUUGCAGCACUGAUAAAGCCAACCAUCAAUUAACCUUGCUAGAACGGUGCAAAUUGGUUGGCCAAUGCAAUGCCCUCCAGAAUCUAUCUACAGUGGAACAACUUCGUGUUCUUGCUUCAUAGCUUUUCUGGUGCAGACUUUUGUGUGCUAUUAUAGUGGAGGUUGCGAACAACACGACAAGGAGCAAGUUUGUACCUGGUAGCACACAUGAACAGCAGCAGCUGCGGCUUUGGUGAAAGGUGAAUGGGAUUAGGAGAUGCAGGAUGCAGGCCAGCGAAGUGAUUCGAUUCGAUCAAACACAGCUGGAUGCCGCGACUGCGGGCUACCGGUACAAGUUGCGAACAGUUCUCUUUCGCUUUUCUAGAACAAAAAGACUACAUGGUGGAAUCAUGUUAAAUCAUUAAUUGACGUUUCUGUUGUGGGGGG